AAAACUCAUCAAAACAUGCCAAUUUCUGCCUUCCACACCUCUGCCAAAUGCUCAAAUCUCUGCCACUCUGAUCUAAAUGCACUUAACUUCUGAGUCUGUGUCAUUCCAACAGGCCAAAAAGCAAAGUGGGCUCAAAUCAAACUCACCACAAUUUUGAUAAGGUUCACACUUAGCCCAAACCCCUCUUGCUCCCUUUUUCAUGUUCUUUAUUAGACAAGUACUUGUUUGUUCUCUGAAAAAAUUGAUUGAUAAACUGAGAAUUGCAGAGCCAAAAUAAGCCAUAACCUCUUUCAUUUCUCAUCCAUGGAACCAAAUUCUAGCACCAACACCACCGUGCACCACCACCACCGCCAUGAUUCCGAGCAUUGCAGCUUGGAAAUAACAACAAUGGAGGUGCACAGAGUGGUGCCACCACCCCCUAAAACCACCAUUCAGAAGCUCAAAACCAGGCUAAAGGAAACCUUUUUCCCUGAUGACCCUUUGCGCCAGUUCAAAGGCCAGUCUUUAAAGAAGAAAUGGAUCCUUGCAGCUCAAUACAUCUUCCCUAUCCUUGAAUGGGGUCCCAAUUACAACUUCAAGCUCUUCAAAUCCGAUAUCGUCUCCGGCCUCACCAUUGCCAGCUUGGCCAUCCCUCAGGGUAUCAGUUAUGCUAAACUCGCCAGUCUGCCUCCAAUAGUUGGCCUCUAUUCUAGCUUUGUGCCACCUCUUGUUUAUGCGGUUCUUGGAAGCUCACGGGACCUUGCAGUCGGGCCAGUUUCCAUUGCUUCUCUGAUUCUGGGAUCAAUGCUCGGCCAAGAAGUUUCUCCCGCAAAACACCCUGUUUUGUUUCUUCAACUGGCGUUUACUGCAACUUUCUUUGCCGGUGUUGUUCAAGCUUCUCUGGGAUUUUUGAGGCUUGGGUUUAUAAUUGAUUUUCUUUCAAAGGCGAUUCUUAUUGGAUUCAUGGCGGGAGCUGCCAUUAUUGUUUCUCUGCAACAGCUUAAAAGCCUCCUUGGAAUCACUCAUUUCACUCAACAAAUGGGUGUGGUUCCUGUAAUGAGUUCUGUUUUUCAUACAACUAAUGAGUGGUCAUGGCAAACAAUAGUUAUGGGGUUUUGCUUUCUGGUGUUCCUUCUUGUAACAAGACAUGUUGGUAUUAAAAGACCAAAGCUCUUCUGGGUAUCAGCUGGAGCCCCUCUUGUCUCUGUCAUCAUUUCUACUCUACUGGUUUUUGCAUUCAAGGCUCAACAUCAUGGCAUCAGCAUAAUUGGGAAAUUGCAAGAAGGACUAAAUCCCCCUUCAUGGAAUAUGUUGACGUUUCAUGGAAACCAUUUGGGAUUAGUCAUGAAAACUGGGCUUGUCACUGGCAUUAUUUCUCUCACUGAAGGAAUUGCAGUAGGAAGAACUUUUGCAGCUCUUAAGGAUUAUAAAGUUGAUGGUAACAAGGAAAUGAUAGCAAUUGGGCUAAUGAACAUGGUUGGCUCCUCCACUUCAUGCUACAUUACAACAGGCGCCUUCUCGCGGUCUGCUGUCAAUCACAACGCAGGCGCCAAAACAGCGGUGUCUAAUGUGGUAAUGUCGGUAACGGUUAUGGUGACUCUCCUCUUCCUCAUGCCACUCUUCCAAUAUACACCAAAUGUUGUUCUGGGUGCCAUCAUAGUGUCAGCAGUGGUUGGCCUCAUUGACAUUCCGGCCGCUUAUCAGAUUUGGAAGAUAGAUAAAUACGACUUUCUUGUUAUGUUGUGUGCAUUCUUUGGUGUCAUUUUCAUCUCUGUCCAAGAUGGCCUUGCCAUUGCAGUUGGGAUAUCGAUUUUCAAGAUCCUCCUACAAGUUACUAGGCCGAAAACAGUGAUGUUGGGGAACAUCCCCGGGACAGACGUUUACCGGAACCUUCACCAUUACAAGGAAGCAAUGAGGGUUCCUGGUUUUCUCAUUUUAAGCAUUGAAGCUCCAAUCAACUUUGCAAACACUACAUAUCUAAAUGAAAGGAUUUUGCGUUGGAUUGAUGAAUAUGAAGCUGAAGAAGAUUUGAAAAAGCAGUCAAGCCUUAGAUUUGUGAUUUUGGAUAUGUCAGCUGUCAGUGCCAUUGACACAAGUGGAGUUUCUUUUUUCAAAGAUUUAAGGAAAAUAAUGGAAAAGAAGGGUGUUCAGCUUGUGCUGGUGAAUCCCCUGGCUGAAGUGAUAGAAAAAUUGCAAAGAUCAGAUGAAGCUGGAAAUUUCAGAAGACCAGAUAGCCUGUUCUUGACAGUUGGAGAGGCUGUGGCUUCACUUUCAUCAACAAUGAAAGGCCAGUCUUCCACCCAUGUAUGACAAGACAAGGAUAUUUGUAUUGUUUUUGUACCCCAAAUAAUUCUUACUAUAAUUUUCCUUGUGAUAGCUUGAAGAAUUGUUAAAAUUAUUGGAAAUAUAGGUUAAGCAAUCAGUAAAUUUCCUAAAG